AGGAGGAGACGAGCAGACACUGAACGAAUUAAAAUCACCCUGGAGGGAGCUGGCAGAGUUUCAAAAGCACGUGUCUCCCGCAGUUGAGAGCUGACACACUGAAGCACAGGGAGCUUGUGUCAGAGCUGAGGAGGACUGGAGAGGAGCAACUGCCUGGGGUGUCUGAUCACUAUUUUGCUCUGUAUCAUUUAUUUGGGAUAUUUCUUUUAAAAAAACGACUCAACGGUUGGGCCGCUUUGCAAACGCCACCACUUCUCGGAUUUAGCCGGUAAUGCUGCAGCAAGAUACAUGGCUUUGGGUGCUAGCUUUCCAUUGAUUUCUCAACAGCGAUUUGUAUCUCCCUCUCUGGAGUAUAAAUAUCUACAUUUUUGCCUGCUCAAGGUGACUUAAGAUUUGGCGCAGGGAAAUAAAUGCAUCUGAAGUAGCAGCAUCCUAUGCUACCCUGUUCUAGAGUGAGAAGUUGGCUGUUUUAGAAAGCCAGCCACUUCCUGACAGAAGCAGGGCAGGGAUGUGAGGCAGUUUGGAACUACAAGACCCAUGGAAUCUGAUCCCAGCGCUUCCAGCAUUACAGGACAGGACUUCGGAGCACUGCCGCAGGAUCUGGUACAGAUCUCGGAGACGGAAAUGGAGAGUUACUACAGCCUGCUGCAGGCGGGCUCGGAGCUGCAAGCCACACUGCAGAGAGUUGACAUUCCAAUGAGGUUGCAGGACAUCUCUGAGCACAUGAAGAAGCAGAUUGCGUAUCUCUCAGGUGGUCGAGGAGAGGACUCUGCUGUUGUCAUCACCCUCCCAGAGUGCUCCAGUUUUAACGAGGUUCCGGAGGAUGCGCUGACAAAAGUGUUGACCUACUUAACCUUGAUUCCACGAAAACGUGAACCCGAAAUUAAAUUCAUUCUCCUCCUGGACCGGAGGAUGAACACCUGGGCCUCAAUUAAAGCGACCCUCUCCAAAAUAGCGGCCUCCUUCCCAGGGAACCUGCACCUGGUCCUGGUUCUGCGUCCCACCAGCUUCUUCCAGCGGACUGUCACUGACAUCGGCUUCCGCUUCAGCCAAGAGGACUUCAUGCUUAAAAUGCCAGUGGUCAUGCUGAGCUCUGUCACCGAGCUGCUGCGCUACAUUGAUGAGAACCAGCUGACCCCAGAGUUCGGAGGCACCCUGGAGUACUGCCACAGCGACUGGGUCAUCCUGCGCACGGCCAUCGAGAGCUUUGCAGUGACUGUGAAGGAGAUUGCUCAGAUGCUCCAGGCGUUCGGCACAGAGCUGGCUGAGACUGAGCUGCCCGAUGACAUCAUCUCCAUCGAGUACCUGCUGAUCGCUAACACCGACAAGUACAAGCAGCUGAAGGAAGACAUGCACUCAGUGAUGAGGGAGGGCAGACACUUGCUGUCGAGUCUGGAGGAGUCUGUGAGUGCCGAAGUGGAGUCAGAGCAGGAAUGGGACGUGAGCCAGGACUGGCACACGGUGCACAGGUUGCUGGCUCAGCUCCACGACAUGGAAACUGCGUUCGACGGGUUCUGGGAGAAGCACCAGCUCAAACUGAAGCAAUACCUCCAGCUCUGGGAGUUUGAGCAACACUUCCACGAGAUGGAGACGGCCCUACAGCAGCUGUCUGCUCAGGAGCGAGAGGUACCCGGGGUGGGAGAGACUGCCGCUCAGACAGAGCAUCUCAUCCACGAUCUGGACACACUGGAGGGGAGAGCUCAGGAGGAGAUGGGCCGGGCUCAGACAGUGAUCCUGCAGGGGCACCAGCUGGCUGCCAGCCACCACUAUGCCCUGGCGCUCUUCUGCCAGCGCUGCAACGAGCUGCGGCACCUCUCGGACGUGCUGACUGCCAACCUGCGGGCCAAGAGGGAAUCCCUCGCCCGCUCCAGAGAGCUGCUGUCCCGCCUAGAGGAGGCGCUGUGCUGGUGUGACAAGGGUGCCUACCUCCUGGCCAAUCAGCAAGUGGAUCGGUUCCAGACAAAGGAUGGGGCGCAGGCAGCACUGCGGGAGAUCGAGAGGUUCCAAGAGGGGAGCCCCCCUCCCCUGAGUACCGGGGCUGACUCAAUGAGGGAGGAGUACCAGUCCAUCCUCACCCCCCAGCUCCUGGGGAAGAUAGACACAGCUCACGAGAAGGUGGUGGCGGUGCGUGGAAUGUUCCAGAACCGACAGGCCUGUCUCCAGAAGCUGACGGACAAGCAGGUCCGGCCCGUCCAGCUGGUGGCACCCAGACCCGAGAACCCGCCCCGCUCCAAAUCCCCGCUCUUCUCCCCCAAACACGGUGUGGAUUUCAACUCCAGCCUGAAGUUCUCGUUUGACCUGUCUCUGCCCGGAAAGAGAGCAUCCAGGAAAAGCCCCAAUUCCAGGAAGAUCGAGGUGAUGCACGACUACCAGGAGACACGCAGCUCUCUCUCGUUCAGCUUGGAGGGAGAGGACAGCCCUGACCUGCUCAAACGCCUCGUGAUGAAGGAGUUGAUUGAGACGGAGCGUGUCUAUGUGGACGAGCUGCUUUCUGUGCUGCUGGGUUACCGGGCGGAAAUGGACAAUCCUGCCCUGUCCGUCCUCAUGCCCCCUGUCCUGCGCAGUAAGAAGGCCAUCCUCUUUGGUAACAUGACCGAAAUAUACAGCUUUCACAGCAGGGUGUUCCUGCAGGAGCUUGAGGGCUGUCUGGAGACCCCCGAGAGGGUGGGAGUCUGCUUUCUCCAGAGGAAGGAGAACUUCCAGAUGUACGAGCAGUACUGUCAGAACAAGCCUCGCUCUGAGUCUCUGUGGAGGCAGUUCUCCGACUGUGCCUUCUUCCAGGAAUGCCAGAGGAAGCUUGAGCACAAGCUGGGUUUGGACUCCUACUUACUGAAGCCAGUCCAGAGGCUCACCAAGUACCAACUCUUACUGAAGGAGCUGCUAAAAUACAGCACCAACUGCAAGGGCUCUAAGGAGCUGGAGGGGGCGCUCACAGCCAUGCUGGACCUGCUCAAGUCCGUCAAUGACUCCAUGCACCAGAUCGCCAUCACUGGAUACGAGGGGGAGCUGAGUGACCUGGGCCGGGUGCUGAUGCAGGGCUCCUUCAGCGUGUGGAUCAGUCACAAGAAGGGACCCACUAAGAUGAAAGAGCUGGCCCGCUUCAAGCCCAUGCAGAGGCACCUGUUCCUGCACGAGCGCGCGCUGCUCUUCUGUAAGAGGAGGGAGGAGCAUGGGGAGGGCCACGACAAGACGCCCUCUUACAGCUUCAAACACUGCCUCAAGAUGAGUGCUGUGGGGAUCACCGAAAACGUGAAGGGGGACAUCAAGAAAUUUGAGAUCUGGUACAGCGGCCGGGAGGAGGUGUAUAUGGUGCAGGCUCCCUCUGUGGAAGUGAAGCUGGCCUGGCUCAGUGAGAUUCGAAAAGUGCUAACCAAUCAGAAGAAACAUCUACGAGAGGACACCCUCCUUCCCAGUCCAGCCACAGACCUGAUGCAGCUCUCCCCACUGCUGUGUGACAGUAAGCUGCAGAGGGCGUCGUUCAGCUCAGAGGAGAACGAGUCGGGCCGGACCAGCCCGGUCAUGCUGGACACGCUUGUCUUCUCGCCACAGAACCAGCAGAAUCGCAAGAGCUGGCCCGGAGCCUCUCACUCGGUGGAUAUCUGCGAGGGUCUGGAGGACUGGAGCGGCACCAGUGACCUCUCCAACCCCUCGGACACUGAGGAGGAGGACGGGGCCCCGCUGGCUGGUGAAGAAUCUGAACCGCAAGAAGGAGGGCUGGAUCCCCGUCAGCAGCCUGCAGCUAGUGCUCAGAGAGAGCAGGGCACACUCGGGCAGACUGGCGGAUCCUGGGAAUCUAAAAACAAGAAAACUGAGCUCUCCGUAAGAAAGCAAGAGCCGGCAACUGCCUCCGUGCAGUCAAGAUCUCAAAGAGUCAAACUGAGGUGGACAAUGUGAGCUGUUGGGUUGGUCCUGUUUUUAAUUGGAACUCGUUUGAUUGAUUCUUCUUGAGGAGGGCUUUCAUAUGACGCGUGAUUGUUCAGCAGGAAAUAAACAGGCAAUCGCUGGCCAAUGAACUGCUUCAACCACAGACAGUUCAGUUUCCAUCUGACCAAUCGCAAAAGAGAUACCCUAACCAUUCUGACAUUACAGCUGCGGGAGUUUCCAUUCAUGCUGGAAAUUUACUUUUACGGGCUCACUUUUCUUGCAUUUCAAUGUGACCACCUUUGCACAGAAUAGAGAAUUCAUUUGUGUCCAAUCUGCAAAUGGGAUUUCACAGUGAAAGCUCACAAGCAUUCCCAGCACAGCUUCUGGACUGUCUUGGUUCAAUCUGAGUGCAGCAUGCAUUUAAAACAGUCAGAUGGAAAUGGUGACAUCAGCAGAUUCAUGGGAAGAUCGCAUGUCUAAUGGAGACGCAGAAUUAAACUAUCCCUGACUAGGGUGAGAGAGAGAGAGAGAGCUCUGUCCUGCACAGCAUGGUACUGUAUCUGUCCCAGGAACCUUCAGAGAUAACUUUCCACCUCACUGAAUUGUGAGAAGCCAGUGCACACACCCACCAUCAGCAUUGUCUGUCUACCGGAAGCAGUAAUUCGAUGUAUUGAAAAAGAAUAACUAUUCCAAAGAGAAGCCCAUUUUUAAUCCAGUGAACCUGUCAGAGAGAGAUCAAGUGUUUGAACAGAAAUCAUACCACUGUCUCCAAUGGGUCGGAGGACUAAAAUAAAAUGGAAAUAGCACAGCAGGAAUGAAUUGGGGCCCUGUUUGUUGUUGUUGUUUUACCCAUUUUGCACAGGCAGCAUACAGGGGGAGCGCCCUCUCCUGGACUGCUUGGUGCAGUGCACUCUGGAGGUCAAGUGGGGUCACUGGGGCUCCGGACAACACAGAGGAUGUCACAGCAGGCUGGGACCUUGCAUGACCUCUGGGAUAUUUGGGAAGAGAGUUUUAGUUUGCCUUUGGGUUAUUAAACAGAGCUAAAGAAAAACUGUUUUCACACACACAAGAGAAAAAACAAGUUAACAUGACAGCUCAGUAAAGCUUUUCAUACGAAGAGUGGAUUUAUUAGGAACUGAUCUUCCUAAUAAAAAUGAAGUCUCUGUGGCAUUUAAAUUUAAAUUCUCCACACUUAUUGUGAAGAAGAAAAAAAUACUUUGCAACUGUUUUCUUUUCUUUUGUGAAUGACGAUGAAGGUUGGUUUAUCCGAGAUCAGCAGGGUUACACACACCCCUGGCUUAGCUGAAUGUGUUAUUUAUGUGUUAAAAGGACACCAAGGGACGUGUUCAAUCGAUAAUACAGAUUAGGUACCAGCUGAGAGACCUUCCCACACUGGCAAGGUUCUUGCUUAUGGUGCAUUACUAGAAUCCUUUUCACUUUGAAGCAACAAAGAAAUACUGUAUUUUCUAAACAAGUAAGUUAAGGAGUAGGGAGGCUUUUACUUCAAACCUGUACAGUGUUCGAGUUUACAUGCCAAAAAUGUGAUGUGCCAUGAAAACACUCUUUUAUAACGAAGCUGGGUGUAAUAUUUUCUUGGCAAUAUUGCAAAGAAUAAGAAGCACUGAAUCCAUGCUUACUUCCGCAGACCUCAAUCUUGCAAAGUUUGAAGGCACUUUAAGGAUUAACACAUAAAGAAGAGCAGAUCCUGCAAGCUGUUGUAAUUAUAAUACUCAUGCAUGUGUCAUUGUUCUCUGUUUUCCCCGCAGGCUCCUGUGUGUAUUCAUAUGUUUCUGAUACAUUUCAUUGGUCCCCCAUUGCCACCAGGAAGCUAUAGGAUUGCAAAGGUCAAAAGUAACACCUUAAAUGGGCAGUGAUUUUAUUUUAUUUUUUUCAAAGUAAAACGUGGAUGCAAUGGGUCUUGGCAUUCAUUCAGUCUUUCAGUUUAUGUUUGGUGUUCCUUCCAUAGACGCUCCGGAAUACAGCAAAAACAGCUCCAUACCUCCUUUUAUAUCUGUUUUGGUGGCUUUGAUCACACAGAUUCCAGUAUACUUAUCCCAGUGUGUGGAAUUGCAGUGCAACUAAUGCAUCUUAAACUCAGGGGUCAACUUGAAUGAUCGGAGCAGCAGUGGAUCUUACCGGCACCUUAAAACCAGUUUGACAGCUCUGAUUGUGGAUUUAUUCUCUGUGCAUUUGUUGUUGUGUUCAGUGAAAUAAAAAGGGUGGCAAUGAAUCCCCCCCAAAUGCAGGCGGAACCAACAGAUACAGAGCGGUGUCGUCUGGAGCAUUAAAAUGAACUUUACAAGGUUAAUACCAUUUUGCACUGGAGCAAUCCUUAAAAAACUAAAUGAUGCCCAUUGUGAGGGGGCCUGUGUGCUUGUUGAUCUUGAUUCAUUCCCACCCCCCAUCUCCCCAUCCCAAAAAAAACCCCAAAUGCAUGGCAGCAAGCUAAGAGUGAAAGAAUCGAUUUAAGGCUAUUUUUGUUAUAUACGUGCAUUUUAAUUUUUGUACAGCUCUGCUACUAUACAUAAGGAAAGAAUAAAGAUUUUGCAAUAAAUAAAUGGUAUUUGUGCGUUUGUGUACUAAUGCCAGGAGUGGGGACUUUAUUAUUAUUAUUAUUAUUAUUAUUAUUAUUAUUAUUAUUAUUAUUAUUAUUAUUAUUAUUA